AUGUUGAUUCGAAAAGGUUUUUCGCUGUUGCCCCACAAGCACAACAACUCGAAUGUCAUCACUAUGUAUGAUCCCGUUUACGUCAACACUUGCGUUAGCCGCGGACAAAUAAGCGUCAAGUCCAUCUUCAAACAAUGCCUGCACCCGGAGGCGUGCAGCAAGGACCUAACCCUACCCACAUACUACGCCCGCUUCCACGAUCUGCGCAAAGAGUACGUACGUGCGUACACGCUACGGGCAGUGACGCCGUGCGCGCAGCAACCGUUGCCGCCCCCGGACCACCCCAACUCCUUGCAGGAUAUGCUAAAUUAUUUAGGUAUAGCGCCCUAUACAGGCGAAAAUUUCUACGCGGCUGAAGUAAAAGACAUGGCUGCUAUUAUACAAAGGAUAAUAACUGAUGGUUUCCGGUUAGAGUUACCUGAGACGAUCGACUUAGUUUUAGAGACUGGAAUUUGCUCAAAAGACGAUGAAAUUGAUGGAAAUUGCAUAGUUCGCGCACGUGGUUUGCCCUGGCAGUCGUCGGACCAGGAUAUUGCUAAAUUCUUUCGAGGCCUCAAUGUCGCCAAGGGUGGCGUAGCGCUGUGCCUCUCACCUCAAGGCAGACGCAACGGAGAGGCUCUGGUCCGUUUCAUCUCACAGGAGCACAGGGAUAUGGCGCUCAAACGGCACAAGCAUCAUAUAGGACCGCGGUAUAUCGAGGUAUACCGUGCGAGUGGAGAAGAUUUCCUCUCAGUCGCCGGUGGCGCCACCUGCGAAGCGGCCGCGUUCCUCUCCCGCGGCGCGAAAGUAAUUGUUCGCAUGCGCGGCCUGCCAUACGACGCGACGCCACAGCAAGUUCUGGAAUUCUUCUCAGCCGGCGACGAUCCAGUACAAGUGCUCGAUGGCGAAGACGGCGUAUUGUUCGUUCGGCGAGCAGAUCGGCGAGCAACCGGCGACGCGUUCGUCUUGUUCGCGAACGUGGAGGACGGGCCUAAAGCCCUCGCGAGACAUCGAAAACUUAUUGGGGCGAGAUAUAUAGAGCUGUUUCUGUCUACUAUCGCAGAAGUUCAGCAGGUUCUAAAUCGCUCACUCGAGACCCGUACCAGUCAAAGCAGUACGCCGUCAACAGCCAACCCUCCAGCGGAAGGUCUGCUUCCAGUGGCUUUGGUGCCUCAACACGUCAUCACCUCUGGCACUGCCAAAGACUGCGUGCGCUUGAGAGGUCUGCCCUAUGAGUCGCAAGUGGAACAUAUCCUCAACUUCCUCGACGAGUUUGCCAAAAAUAUUGUGGUGCAAGGGGUUCAUAUGGUGUUCAAUGCCCAGGGCCACCCCAGCGGCGAAGCCUUCAUACAAAUGGACAGCGAAGCCAGCGCCUACCUCUGCGCGCAACAAAAGCACCAUCGCUACAUGACUUUCGGAAAGAAGCAGCGGUAUAUUGAGGUAUUCCAGUGUUCCGGUGACGACAUGAACCUAGUUCUGACCGGAGGCGUCACCCCUGCCACGUCGCCCAAAGUGCUUUCACCCGGUACGUUGAUAUCCCCCCCACCCGCGCCGGCUCCGCGGCUUCUAGCCCAACACAUCGCGCACCAGAACCUCCUCGCGAGACAGCACGAGAACCUUCUUCUCGCCGCCUCCCUCAGACCGCCUAUAUACCCGUUUCUCCCCAAUUACAACCCCGUCCGUUCCCCUAGUCCCUACCUCCCCGUACUCCAACAGAACGUACUGCCAACUAAGAGAACUUACGACCGUGCGUUUACUCCCACGGAGGCGUCGCCCGCGAAGAGGCAAUACGUCCAACCUCCAAUGACACCGAUGUCAUUGCCCGUUUUAUCGUACGCCACGUCUCCGCCGAUUUUCUCGUAUGCCAACACCAGCCCCAUGCUGUCCUCGUACAGUGCGAUGCCGACGGCUCUGCCCACAGGCCUGCCAGCCGGAUACGGCACGGCCCUAUCUGCCGCGUUACCCCCCACCAUGACUUCAUCGUUCCCCGCGUCGUUGUCCAUGUUCCCAACUUACCCUUUUUACCCCGGGGUUUAG